UUUUCUUGCUAAUCAUCUUUUUUGGAGUGUUAGGUCGUACCAUGCUAAAAUAAUUGUUGCAGAUAAUUUUAUAAUCUAUAUCAUUCACCUGCAGACUUAAUUUACUAUAGUGGGCUUGUUAUGAUUGGUUAUUUAAUUGUCAUAUCCUUGCACAUCAUUAUCAUUAUUUAUUCUUGAGUUGGUAUUAUAAUUCUGUAUCCCUAUAUAUGCAUUCUGAUAUCUUUGUAUGCUUCUGGACAGAAAAACCAUUUGUCUGGCUUCCACAAACCUUAUUUGAAGCUAUCUUUUGACACGGUUCAACAAUUAAUUGAUGUGAAGAGUGACCUAUUGCAUGUCGUUCAAAGAAACCAGGAAAAAUUUGAUGCUGCAGAAGCAUAUGAGUCCAUUAUAGCAGGGAAAAGAUGAGAUGGGUUUGGGAAAAACAGUUGAAUUGCUUGCUUGCAUCUUUGCUCAUCGGAAGUCAGCAUCUGAAUGUGGCAUAUUUGCUAAUACUGAAGUGCAGUUUCCUGGGCAUCAGAAAAUUAAUCUUAAGAGAUUGAAAAGGGAGCUUGUUGAGUGUAUAUGUGGAGCUAUUAGUGAGAGUCGAAAGUAUAAAGGAUUAUGGGUGCAGUGCCACAUAUGUGAUUCUUGGCAACACGCAGAUUGUGUUGGAUAUUCACCUAAAAGAAAACGUCUAAAAUCAAGUGAAAUUUCCAACGGACAACGAUAUGAAAAUGGGUCAAUGGGUGAGUUCGAAAAGCACACAAGGAAACAAAAUAAUGCCGACAUAGUUGUGAGAGAUGGGGAACAUAUUUGCCCAUUGUGCUUGGAACUGAUACAAGCAACUGAAUCUCCUGUUGCUACUGGUGCCACGCUUAUAGUCUGCCCAGCUCCAAUAUUGCCCCAAUGGCAUGCUGAAAUUAUACGUCAUACACAUCCAGGUUCCUUAAAAACUUGUAUCUAUGAAGGCGUGAAAAUCACUCCUCUUUCAAAUACAUCUGUAGCAGAUAUCAGUGAGCUUGUUGGUGCAGACAUUGUGUUAACCACAUAUGAUGUGCUUAAGGAAGAUCUAUCACAUGACUCUGAUAGGCAUGAAGGUGAUCGGCGCUUAAUGAGAUUCCAGAAGAGGUAUCCCGUUGUUCCAACUCCUCUGACCAGAAUAUUCUGGUGGAGGAUUUGUUUGGAUGAGGCUCAAAUGGUGGAGUGCAAUGCUGCUGCUGCCACGGAAAUGGCUCUUCGGUUACAUGCUAAGCAUCGUUGGUGCAUUACAGGGACUCCUAUACAACGCAAACUGGACGACUUAUUUGGACUUCUACGAUUUCUUAAAGCAAGUCCUUUUGAUGUUUCUAGGUGGUGGAUGGAAGUUAUACGAGAUCCUUAUGAGGUUUCUAACGCACUUAGAGACAGAAAAGAUCAACAUACAGUUUGGUGGUUGGAAGUACUUCAUCAGGCCGAGCAAAACAAGGACUUCUCAAGCGAGUUGCUCAGAAAGAUUGAAUAAGCCAUCUCGGGAAAACUAAAUAAUUCAAGGUCAUCAAGAAUUGCAUCCCGAUUUUAAAGCAUAAGUUCUCUAAAGUAUCAUAUCCAGACUGGUUUGGAUCUACUGGAAGCAUCUAGGAAAGUGUUACUUGAUCGACUUCUGGAAAUUGAUCAUA